UAUAUGUGUAUAUUCCUCAAAGAUUUCUUCUAAAAAUAUUAGUCAGCGGAAUGGAUUUCGAAUUUGAAACAAGAGCAGUACAUGGAGGCGAUGAUCCACAAAAACGUAAGACUAAAAAGCCAUCUGUUAUAUUAGAUAGCAUUGACGAUGAGGAAAUUACUAUAGAAAACGAAAGCAAACUACGUUUGGAAAAAUGUAUCGCUUCGCUGGAAAAAGCCAAAUAUUGUUUGUGCUAUCCUUCCGGAACUGCUGCCAUCACAUCCAUAUCUAUGCUAAUAGGAGACGGGGACCAUGCAGUUUUCUUCGAUUCCGUGUAUCAUGGUACAAGAACCAAUUCGGACUUGAGAGCAGCAUGUGGUGCAAUAGAUAUCACUUUUGCUGAUUUGAGGGAUGCUUCAGUUUUAGAAAAGCAUAUGAAACCCAAUACAAAGAUGGUAUGGAUAGAGACGCCUUGUAAUCCUACGAUGAAAAUAGUGGACAUUUCCGCCAUCGCACAAAUUGUCAAACGACAUGGCAAAUCAUUUCUGGUAGUAGACAACACUUUCAUGUCACCAUACUUCCAAAAUCCUUUGCUACUCGGCGCGGACAUAGCUAUGCAUUCUCUCACCAAGUACAUGAAUGGUCACUCUGACGUAUUAAUGGGAGCAGCUGCAACAAACCGCGAAGACUUGUACACGAAAUUGAAGAAUGCUUCCCAAGCUAUCGGUUCAAUACCAUCACCAUUGGAUUGCUAUUUAUGUCUACGAGGUAUGAAAACUUUGCAUUUAAGAAUGGAGCGACACAAGGAGAAUGGUUUCCAGGUAGCGCGAUUUCUGGAGAGUCACCCGAAUGUAGAGAAAGUUCUUCAUCCAGGUCUAGAAAGUCAUCCUCAGCAUGAUUUAGCUAAGAAACAAUGCACAGGAUUUAGUGGAAUGGUGUCGUUUUGCAUCAAAGGCGGCAUAGAGGCAGCUAGAGAAUUUGCCAAGAGGAUCAAAGUCUUUACGCUGGCUGUGAGUUUAGGAACAAUAGAAAGUUUGGUGGAUAUACCCCCUAUUAUGACGGCAUCUCCUUUGAGCAAAGAAACCAGGGCAGAACUGGAAAUUCCCGAGAAUUUAAUCCGACUUUCGAUUGGAAUUGAAGACGCGAGAGAUCUGAUCGCUGAUUUAGAUCAAGCCCUUCGAGGAGAAUGAACGAAAUGUAUAAUGAAAGAUGAACUGAAUGUUUAUUUUGAAUUAAA